UUGGCCGAAUACGACUUGGGAAAUUUGCUUUGCGAAGACAAAACCCCGUUGGAUGUGGAUAGGAAAAGUGAGGCGAUUGACGACCAUCUACGAGACAUAGCAUAUGAGUGUACACAGCAAUUUUUCAAACUCCUCUGGUCGGUACGUAUUGUGCGUUUAAAAAAAAAAUUAAUCGACCUUUUGAUCAAUCCUAGCAACCGACUGAAUCUACGGACUCGCUUCCCAAACCAACUUUUCGACUUCCUCAUUCCCUCUCAACGCAAUCUGACUCGAUGGGAGCGGUUUGCCCGAUUGAAGGGGAUACAGAACAAGAAAAAAUCACGCAAAAUUUGGGACCCCGAAUCCAAAUCGUGGCGUCCACGUUGGGGCAAAGAUCGUGUGGAUAGUGUGAAAGACAAAUGGGUGAUCGAAGUCCCGGAAAAUGCUGACCCGUACGAGGACCAGUUUGCAAAGUUAACCAAAGAGCGUACUGAACGUCGCGCAAAGAACGAGUUGCAACGAUUGCGUAACAUCUCCCGCGCUAUCAAACCGGGACAGGGUAAGUGCUGCCUUGCAGUUACGUGA